AUGUACUUUCGUUCACAUAAAUUAUUUUCUUUUAUCAAUGUUAGAUAUUCGUCUUCGUUACUUAAUCAACGUUGGGGUCCACAUACAGGACCAAAAGCAGUAAAAAUUGUGGAAACCGGUUUAAAGGUGGUAGAAACAACGUCAUUUGUGUCUCCAAAACUAGUGCCACAGAUGUCAGAUGCUACUGAAGUUAUGGCAAAAAUUACACGCAAAUCAGAUGUGGAUUAUCCCGUCUUAGUACCCAACCUUACAGGAUUGAAAAAGGCUAUAUUAUCUGAUGUAAAAGAAAUAGCAAUAUUUGCAUCUGCUUCUGAAACAUUCAGUAAAAGAAAUAUUAAUUGUACAAUAAAUGAAAGUUUGGACCGAUUUCAAGAUGUUGUAGAUAUAGCAAAUGCUGAAAGAAUUGCUAUCAGAGGAUAUGUUUCUUGCGUUCUUGGAUGUCCUUAUGAAGGAGAGAUUUCUCCCAUUGCGGUUACUACGAUCGCUGAGAAAUUGUAUAAAAUGGGUUGUUAUGAGAUUUCUCUAGCUGACACGAUUGGCGUUGGUACUCCUGGUUCUUUAUCAAGGAUGUUAAAAGCUGUAUGUCAGGUUCUGCCAACAGAACGUAUAGCACUGCAUUGUCACGACACUUAUGGUCAAGCGCUUGCCAAUAUACACUACGCAUUAACGUCAGGAAUAAGGGUCUUUGACAGUUCUGUUGCAGGUCUAGGUGGGUGUCCCUUCGCUAAAGGAGCAACGGGCAAUGUUGCUACGGAGGAUGUGGUAUAUAUGCUUCAUGGCAUGGGUUACGAAACAGGUAUCAAUUUGUUGGAACUAGUGAAAGUUGGGAAUUAUAUAUCCCAGCAAUUAGGUCGUGCGAAUGGAUCUAAAGCAGCCAUAGCUUUGAGUUCAAAAUUACAAAUAAAUUGA